CCUCCCCUCCAUAUUCCUUCACACUUUCCAUAUCCCUUCCUUCAUUCAUCCGCACUGCCCACCUCGUCCACAGGCAUCAUGGUGCUCGAUUUAGACCUGUUUCGCACCGACAAAGGCGGCGAUCCUGAAAUCGUGCGGGAAACCCAGAGGAAACGGUUCAAAGAUGUGUCUCUGGUGGAUAAACUGGUCGAGGCGGACACAGAAUGGAGGAAAUUCUCACUAGUAAGAGAUUUGAGCUUGGAUGCUGAUAAUAAAGUGGAAUGCACCUGGGGCGACUGUACGGUGCAGAAAAAGUACUCUCACGUGGACCUGGUUGUCAUGGUGGAUGGAUACGAAGGGGAAAAAGGAGCCAUAGUGGCUGGAAGCAGAGGAUACUUCCUCAAGGGGCCUUUAGUUUUUUUGGAACAGGCUUUAAUUAACUACGCACUGCGGAUCCUGUACAGCAAGAACUACAACCUUCUGUACACACCCUUCUUCAUGAGGAAAGAAGUCAUGCAGGAGGUCGCUCAGCUCAGCCAGUUUGACGAGGAGCUCUACAAGGUGAUCGGGAAGGGGAGCGAGAAGUCUGAUGACAAUACAGUGGAUGAAAAGUAUUUGAUUGCCACAUCAGAGCAGCCAAUCGCCGCCUUCCUGAGAGAUGAGUGGCUGAAGCCAGAAGACCUUCCCAUCCGCUAUGCCGGCUUCUCCACCUGCUUCAGACAGGAAGUGGGCUCUCACGGCAGAGACACACGUGGGAUCUUCAGGGUCCAUCAGUUUGAGAAGAUUGAGCAGUUUGUCUAUGCCUCUCCUUAUGACGGGAAGUCCUGGGAGAUGUUUGAUGAGAUGAUUGGAACUGCUGAAGAGUUUUAUCAGUCGUUGGGAAUCCCCUACCGCAUUGUCAACAUUGUAUCAGGUGCUUUGAACCAUGCGGCUAGUAAAAAGCUGGAUUUAGAGGCUUGGUUCCCAGGCUCCCAGGCUUUUAGAGAGCUUGUGUCAUGCUCAAACUGCACAGACUACCAGGCUCGCCGCUUACGAAUUCGCUACGGGCAGACCAAGAAAAUGAUGGACAAGGCUGAGUUUGUGCACAUGCUAAAUGCCACCAUGUGUGCGACCACUCGUGUUAUCUGUGCUAUCCUGGAGAACUUUCAGACAGAGGAAGGCAUCAUUAUUCCAGAACCUCUCAAGGCAUUCAUGCCUCCAGGUUUAACAGAGAUGAUCAAGUUUGUGAAGCCAGCCCCCAUUGACCAGGAGGCAGCCAAGAAGCAGAAGAAACAGCAGGAAGGAGGGAAGAAGAAGAAACAGCAGGGUGGUGACGCUGAUCUAGAGAACAAAGUGGAGAACAUGUCAGUCAAUGACUCCUAGACCUCCUUCAAUCCCAGCCAAUCAUAAUGGUUCUUUACAAGCCCUCUAUUUUGUGUACCCUAUUCACAAUCAUUGUCCACUGAAACCGUCAUGUCCCUGCCUCAGUUUAUUUCCUCUGGGACAGUCCUACUAUGGUGAUGUCGAUGGUGUCAUGUUAAAUAAUGUUAUCUCAUGUCAUUCUCAAUUCAGUUUCCUAUAGUGGGAUCUUUGAAAUCUUCAAUUAAAAAUGUAUGGUGACAGACAUUAGCCAUUAGACUGAAAUGCCUUUAUGGCAGUGUAAUUACCUGAGGCAUUGUAUUAUAAUUCUGCUGUUCAAUUAAAGAGAACAUGCAUGGUCAUAACAGUUAGUACUGGGAUUAUUCUGCGUCAGUGCCACAUUAGAGGUGGGAGUUUUAGGACUUUCUGAAUGGAAAUCAGUUAUUUGAUUUGACUUGCGCUAUAACUUAAAGGUAAUUACUGAUUACUGUGCACUUACUAUUCACAUUUUCACAAAUGUCAAAGCAGUCAAAAAUGCAGCUUCCUCUUAUUCACGUCCGUCUUUUCCUUCAUAGAAACAUUACUACUUGUGAUUUGUCUAUAAAACAGGGAAUGUUAUUAUAUGUACAGUACUCGCUUAUUAUGAUGCCUUGUGUGAGGAGUAUGAUGGCAUUUGAGAAUAAAUCAAUACCUGAAAGAGAA